UCCGCAUCACACCAUGAAACCACCAUCGCGCCUUCCCCCCCAACUCCGCCGCCGCCACCUCUCAUCCGACGGCGACGCCGCCGCAGAUGCCGCCGAGCUCGCCGGCGUGCUCGCUGUGGCGCCCUCGCCCGAUGCAAAGCGAGAGAUCGCCGCUAUGCUCCGCCGCCUCGGCAGCCGCGGCCUCGCCUCCGCCCUCUCGUCCCUCCCGGCGCCGCUCCCCGGCGCCUUCGCCCUGCGCCUCGUCCAACAUGUCCUCUCCGACUCCACUGCAUGUGGCUCCCGUACAGGCGAGGACCUACUCACCCCCCGCGUCUCGGCUCUCCUCCUUCCCUCGCUCGUCGCCGAUCGCACCGCGCUCCCCUCCGCGCGCCGCCUCCUGUCACGCCUCAUCCGCUUCCACCCUAUCCCCUUGGCCGCGGCGGCUGUGGCCGACGUCGCCUGCACUGCCAGCUCGGACCUCCUCGUCCACGCCUGCCUCAACUCGCCCGCCCCCGGAUCCCUGUCCCGUGCCACCGACGCCUUCCACGUGCUCUCCACGCGUGGAGCCUCGCCUUCCAUCAAGACCUGCACUAUCCUCGUCGAAGCCUUGGGCUGUGCUGGUCAACUUGACGCUGCCAGAAAGGUAUUCGACGAAAUGCGGGAUGGCAAGACUGUCGCCCCUGAUGAGUACACGUACACGGUGAUGAUAAAGGCACUCUGCAAUGCUGGUGAGGUUGAUGCUGCUUUUGUGAUGCUUGCGGAGUUGCGGCGAGCAGGGCUGCAGCCAACUGUGGUGACUUACAAUGUGCUAAUGGAUGCACUGUGCAAGAGCGGGAGGGUGGAGGAGGCCUUUCUGUUGAAGGGGAGGAUGGUUGAAGGUAGGGUGAGGCCAAGCGUGAUCACGUUUGGCAUCCUGAUCAAUGGUCUUGCAAGGGGUGAGCGGUUUGGGGAGGUUGGAGCAGUGUUACAGGAGAUGGAAGGUUUUGGGAUCACUCCCAAUGAGGUUAUUUACAAUGAGCUAAUUGGUUGGCAUUGUAGGAAAGGGCAUUGCUCAGAGGCGCUUAGGCUUUUUGAUGAAAUGGUCUCAAAGGGAAUGAAGCCUACAGUGGUGACAUUCAACUUGAUUGCGAAAGCUCUAUGCAAGGAAGGGGAGAUGGAGCGUGCUGAGCAGAUAUUGGACGAGAUGUUGUUGUCUGGGAUGACAGUUCAUUGUGGCUUGUUCAAUACUGUGGUCGCGUGUCUUCUUCGAAGAACUGGAAGACUGGACUCGGUGCUAAGGCUUAUAAGAGAAAUGGUUGCCAGAUUUAUGAAACCAAAUGAUGCUUUGAUGACAUCAUGUACCCAGGAGCUUUGCAAGAGAGGGAAACACUUGGAAGCGGCUAAAAUUUGGUUCAAAAUGCUGGAAAAAGGUUUAGGUGUCAAUAUUGCAACAUCCAAUGCGUUGAUUCAUGGGCUUUGUGAAGGAAAUAACAUGAAAGAAGCCACUAAGGUUCUAAGGGCCAUGGCGGAAAACGGGGUUGAAUUGGAUUGCAUCACAUAUAACAUAAUGAUUCAAGGUUUCUGCAAAGAUAGUAAAAUCGACGAAGCGAUACAACUUCGUGAUAACAUGAUCAAAAGAGGGUUUAAGCCUGAUCUUUUCACAUUUAAUACUUUCCUAUGCGCUUAUUGCAAUUUGGGUAAAAUGGAAGAGUCCCUUCACCUGUUGGAUCAAAUGAAAAGUGAGGGCCUUAAGCCAGAUAUUGUGACGUAUGGCACCAUAAUAGAUGGUUAUUGUAAAGCAAAAGAUAUUCUGAAGGCAAAGGAAUAUUUGAAUGAAUUGGUGAAAGUUGGGUUAAAACCGAAUGUAGUAAUAUAUAAUGCUCUUAUUGGUGGUUACUGUAAGAAUGGUAAUAUUUCUGAUGCAAUUGGUGUUCUUGGCACUAUGAAGUCUAAUGGCAUACAACCAACUGCUGUAACAUAUGCCAGUCUUAUGCAUUGGAUGUGUCAUUCUGGUCUUGUUGAAAAGGCUAAGGCUAUUUUUGCACAAUGUAUUGUAAAGAACAUUGAGCUUGGAGUAAUUGGCUAUACAAUUAUGAUUCAAGGUUUAUGCGAAAUAGGAAAAAUUGAUGAAGCUCUUAUCUACUUUAAGGAGAUGCGUUCAAGGGAUAUACCACCAAAUAAGUUGACUUAUACCACUCUGAUGUUUGCCUAUUGCAAAUCUGGCAACAGUGAAGAAGCGUCCAAGCUUUUUGAUGAGAUGGUGAGCUCAGGCAUUGUUCCUGAUAGUGUUUCCUACAAUACAAUAAUUUCAGGGUGUUGUGAGGCAGAUUCAUUGGAUAAGGCAAUAGAAAUUCCUGCUGAACUUCCCUUAAGAGUUUUGAAACAGGAUUAUUGUUCAUACAAUCCAUUGGUUAACAGAAGAACUACACCCUGGUGCCAAAAAGAAGCCAUUUCCAGUUCUGAAUGAUGUGUAACCGAGGUUCCAUUGGGCAUGACUGGUUUUUGAGAAAGGUGUUGUCCAAGCAUUAAAUCGGAGGAACUUGGGAGAAUAUGUGCACUACCACCUUGCCUUUGGUUGUAUGCCUUGUGCAUCCAUCAAACAUGCUACUCAUGGUUGUCAACCUUUUCCAUCAAGCACAGUCCAACAGAAGCAGAAGGUUGAAUAGGUUUAAAAGUGGUAGUAUGCAUCGCCAACGACCAUACUAGAGAGUCAUCCAAGGGCAGCCACAGAAUGCACUUUAGGUUUAUUUGGACAACAUUGUUGGAUCAAAACAACAAGAGAGGCUAGUUUGCUUAUUGGGACCCAUUUAUACAAGACAACAUUGUUGGAUCAAAACAACAGGAGAGGCCAGUGUACAGUUGAUCCACGAAAAGAUGACAAUUCAAUAAAAAUACUAGGUGCAGGUGAUCAAAACGUUUUGAGAUUGGGCGAUCUAUAAUAUAUUUAAUUGAUGAACUUGGAGUACAGCAUGGGCCACUUGUUAUGGUAGCAUUAAAGAGGCCAGCUCUUAGCUGACUUGCAGAAACAUCAGUUCAUGUUUGCUACUGAAACCGAGCAUCUGAUUUCUGGUAUUUGCUUCUGUUGAUAUCUGAGAGCAUCUUAGUUCUGCUGGAGUGCAAAUCUUCUUAAAGAUUUCUAUAACUGAAAUACCUACAGAUUACUAAAGAUUGACUGUGAAGAAGCCAUAGCAAAGAGAUAGUUCAGGUGGCAUAAGCCAAUAGAAUUAUUGUGAUGUUAACUUUCACUGCAGGGACCAGGGUUAAGUAGCAAUUACUCCUGUCAACAUCUAAUCCUCCAACCUCAACCAAUCUGAGCCUUGGUGUGGGCAGCACUGGUUGGCACUGUAGUGCGAUGUGACUGUUCACGUGUUACUGUAGCAACCGAUAUUUUUUCCCUUUUGCCCUGCCAAAGUAGUUUCAGUUGACAGCUAGGGAUAAAAUAGUUUCCUUGUUUGUUGAUUUUACUUCUUUAUAGAGAUUCAAUAUGAAGAUAAGUGGAGUUAGAUGUGUUUCUUAGAGGUAAAGUCAAGCAAUCCCUAUAAAGGGAGAAGAUGUAUCCAGUUAUUCAUUCAUUAUGCAUCAAGAAGAAAUAAUUAAAUCUAUCCAAAACCAUAAUUCUUUCUACCUUC